ACUUGGGUACGUGUAUUACAGCGGAAAGCGUGCCAGCGCCCACAAAGACCCAUUGGACCUGUGAGCUCCUCUGACCAAACAGACAUAAUAAGCUUACCAGCAACGCAGAGUAAGCCACGUGCCUCUGCAUGACAUCAGCAGCUGAUUAACACACAAGAAAAAAAUAACUAUAGACUAGAGCCUUAUCUUUCCUUGAAAAGCUGGGAUUUGGAGGAGGUAUUCUGAGAUCUGUGCUCCUAGCAAGUGACUGAUAACAUUAUAGAGCGGAUCGGUCCCUGAGUUCAGAGACUGAGUUGCAGUUGAGUGAAAAAUACACAACGAAAUCUUGAAGAAUUGCACGGAAGUGCAAGUCAAAUUUAACCUCCUCCAGCUAGUGGUGGUUGGACUGAGAAAUUGCUAAACCAAACCUGUAACAGGACUGGUUAUUUGGGUGUCUCUCUCUGUCAUUGUUGCCACUUACUGUUCCAUUGCUUUCUGUGUUGUGUCUGUAGGCCAGAUGUUCUCGGAUAAUUCACAUUGCCCCGACUGUGGACAACAGUGGUUCCCUAGUUUAGAGCUAGGCCACUGGCUGUACCAAACUGAACUUGUGGCCAAUGAAUGUUACCAAGUUUUCUUAGACCGUAUUAGCAGGGCUGAUUAUUGCCCUGAGUGCUAUCCUGAUAAUUCUGCUAAUAGGAGCCUUAUUCUCCCUUGGUCUUUCCCACUUGAGUGGGCUCCCCAAAAUCUGACCAGGUGGACCUUUGAGAAAGCUUGCCACCCAUUUCUUCUAGGUCCCCCACUGGUUAGAAAAAGGAUACAUGACUCGAGAGUCGCUGGCUUUAACCCUGCCUUACAGUUAAUCUUGACGAGAACAGACACGACCUUAAACAAAAAACUUGGCCAAGGCAGUUAACUUCGUAAAUAGUCAAAAUCAAUGCGACUCCAGAGGGUUUUGUGCUAGAAGCCCAAGGAAGAUGGAAAAACGACUCCUUUUCAAUCUGAUCUAGACUGUCACUGCUUUGGGGAACUGCUUAAAUGGUUGGAUCUGUUACGAUGGUCUAUACUGAUUUUUGUCCAGCACCAAUUUAAUCAGUAUUCCAGCCAGGCUGUUCAUCUAGAACCAGACUAUUUCAUGUUCCCUGUUUUGGAAUUAGCUAACUCUACCCCACUUCCCCCUAAAAAAGCUCUACAGCCUCAUUAUUGACAAAUGACAAGGGAGUCCCGAGGCAAGGCCCAUACUGUCUGUAGCAUAACAGUGUUUCUAGGGAUAAUUUUUGUGGGAAAGCAUCCUCAUUGUUGCUUGAUUCUAGAUCAUUCUGGUAAAGCAGCUUAGACAUUUUAAUAAGAAACUAUUUAAUUCUUGGUUCUAAAUUCCACCUCUUACAUAUAUUUCAGUGAUUAUAUAUAUCUCUAUAUACACUUUAUUCAUAUAUAAUCAUUUAUUCUUCAUUGGCUCUCUUUGGCCUCAGUGUGGCUUUGACAUUACCUAUAACUGGCCCCUGUCAGAGAAAUCACAUUCUGUCAGGCGACACCUCCACAAGUUAAACAAAAACAUGCAGAGAUGCCAGUGUCUACACUUCUUUGGCUCUCCAUAAACGACUAUUCUGUGUCUGUGGUGACUGGACUACUCUGGAGAUGGAAAAGUACCUGUCCUAUGAGAUAGGUGACAAAAGGAGUCACCAAGCUUGACUCCAUAUGUGUGAUGGAGUCUAAGGGAAGCACCCAUCUCAACACUGAGCAGGUCAUGUUUGGUCAUAGCCACAGCCUGGCCUUCACUUCUCCAUGAGAGUCACGGAACCAGAGUUCGGGUAAGAAACUUAGAAAAGGCUGUUGAAAACAUCUCAGAAGCCACUGAACAAUGUUAAAAUUCCACUUAAGAUGCUAGAUAAUUCUCUGCUUGUGUAGCAACUCGACAGUGUUCUCAAGGCCCCAGGCUCUUUCUGUGUUUCCCCUCUGGGAUCCUUAUCGCAUUAGCUUUGGUCCCCCUAGUUUCGCAAUGUGGCUUGUUGCUGCUCCCGACAUUUCAGUCCCCAUCAAAGGCAGCACGUAGGGAGCAAAGCGCGUUCUCCUUUGAAGGCUCUGUCUUAUCUGGAGAGAAACUCUUUCUCAACAUGCCCUCCCAGCUUUCUUACAUCUCAUUAGAAGGUAUUGGUUCACAACGAAGGCCGGGAAACCAGGCAAAGGGGAAUAGGGUUGGCAGUGCCAGGGUAGGUAGGGCACACGGUCUCCCCAAUAAAAUCAGGGCUCUUAGGAAGGGAGAAGUGAGGAAUGAACGGCUGCUGGAUGCAGCAGAUCAUGCCUGCCCCAUGUGUGAAGCCUAAAGUUGUUUGUUCGUCUGUGUAAAGAAUGUAUCCCAGAGAUCUACCCUGUAUCCGCCUUAUGUUUGUCAUGAUGGAAGUUCUCUCCUGUUACUGCGCUGAAUAAACUGUGUGGACUGCUAAACUG